UGCUAUAGAUUAAGGUAUAUAUAAAAUUAAAAAAAAAAUUAAAAUUUUGACAAAGAUGUGAUAUUUUCUGCAAAUAGAAGUUUACUCUAGAGAUUAAUAAUCUCUUUUUUUUUUUGUGCCAUUAAAGACACUGUCACCCAACAGCUACAGCUCAUAUGCAAAAGAGAUCGAUAUGGCCAAAUCCACUACUCGCCAGCUUCACACACUUCUUCUUCUUCUUCAAGUUCUCUUUAGCUUACAGGACUUAGAAUUCACAACUAAAAGACAAAAAAUGAAAAAUCAAGCACAGUUUCUUCUUACGACACCACUUAUUAUUAUUAUUAUUGUCUUCCCCAUUACUACACAUGCAAAAUCUAUGAUCGAAGCAUGCAGCUCUUCAGAUUCUUGCCCUUCUCUUCUCUCCUAUACCCUUCCUUUUGAUUCACAGCUUUCUGAGAUUGCCUUUCGUUUCCAAGUAAAAAUUUCUGAUAUAUUAGCAGCAAACUCUAUCAACUUAACAACUCCGUUCCCUGAUAACCUAAUUUUCCAUGCUAAAUCUCUUCUUAAAAUACCCAUUUCUUGUCCGUGUGUGGAUGGCAUCCGACGGUCCAUGUCAACCACUUAUCACGUCCGGCCAGCUGACACCGUCGAUUCUAUAUCGGAGGGAUUUGGAGGACUGGUUAGUGGAGAUCAAAUUAGUAGCAGUAAUGGGAUUAGUGUGAAGGAUCCGCUAAUGAAUGGGCAGGCAUUGGUGAUACCUUUGCCAUGCACGUGCUUCAACAACAGUGACAAUGGUGUUCCUGCAGUGUUUAUGUCAUAUGUGGUGCAGAGAGGAGAGAGCUUGGAUGGCUUAGCUAUGGAGUUUGGGUCCACUGUUGCACAUUUGGAGGCUGUUAAUGGACUUGACCAACCGGUGGUUCAACCUGGUGACGUUCUGGCUAUUCCAAUUUCAGCGUGUUCAUCUGCAAAUCUGAACUGGUACAAUGAGAGUCUAAUAGUUCCAAAUGGUUCUUACGCUCUAACUGCCAACAACUGCAUCAAAUGCAUUUGCUCCGCAAGCACUUUCAGGUUGCAUUGUAUGGCAUCAGAGACUGGGGUGUCAUGUUCUCAUUUACAAUGCAAAGGCUCUGAUCUCUUGAUAGGGGACACUUGUGUCAACCAUACUGCAAAUGGCUGCAAUCUAAGAGCUUGCGUUUAUCGUGGGCAUUACGGCCGCAAAAUUUUCAGAAGUUUGGUGAAUUUCUCAAAUGUUCAAUGUCCAGGUAAUACUCAAAGUUACAAUAAUGGAAGGAUUCCAUUGGGGUCUCCCUCAUUUAAUCCAGUGGGGCCAUCAAUAGGAUUGCCUCCAUUUUCAUCACCGACUUCAGCUCCUUGUGCAGCAGUAAGAAGUAAUGCUUCUAAUUCAAGCAACAACCACAAUUUCACUGUUUCUACUUCUGGAUAUUUUACUAUUACUCCCACUAAUUGCUUUAUUUCAUUCCUUGUACAACUUAUUUUUUGCCUUUUCUUUUGAUAUUUUAACAAAUUCUCCACACUUUUACAAGUGGUUGGCUUAU